AUAGUAUAGUUCCGGUUCAAGGUUAAGAUACUUUAUAAAUAUUUGUUUGAUUCUUCUUUCGGAAAAGCAUAAGUAAUAGGUUUGCUGAAAACUAAUAGUAAGAGAAAUAGUAGAGCUUUUUAAUAAAAUAUUGUCAUUAUUCUAACUUUUUCUAACGAUGAAAAAACAAUCACUUAUUAAAAUUCUAGGUUUCCAUGCUUUAGUACUAUAACUGUAAUAUAAUAUUUAAACUUGAAUAGAACGUAGACAGUCCUAAAUGAACAGAUCUUCAAUCUUUUCGCAGGAUCGCUUUAUUUCAUUUUAAAAUAUUAACAAUUCCCCCUCAGCUAACUUAAACAUUUUGCAAAAGCUUAGAACCCUAUUGAAGGGGCUUAAUUUAACAACUUUACAAUUAGGAAGGCUUUAGUUUUAAAAAUGCCCAAGGUCAUUUAUGAAUUAUUCUCUUAAAAGAUAAUAUAAAAAAGACUUGUUAUACUUUUUUGUUAUUAAUGAAUGAGAGAGAAAAUCUAAUUUUUUUUUAUCAUUGUGUGCACCGAAGCUGAAAAGGUCUAAUUUAGGUUUCAAGAUCAUCUUUAUUCCUUUUACAAGAUGCUUGAUCAAUUCUUAUAAGAAUAUAUCAGUCAUGCAGUUUAUUACUUGCUUUACAUUAUUACGUUUAUUUAUUAUAUAGGAAAAAAUGGUUGAAGUUAUGAAUGGUGAUGACUUCUUUGAAGGUACCGAAAAAUUGUUGGAAGUUUGGUUUUCAUCUUCCAAUCAAAACGAUAAAGCAGAUAUAAGAGUAAUAUCCAGGAAUGAGUGGGACAACUUAUUAGAUUUGGUUCACUGCAAAAUUAUUAGUAAGAAAUCAAACAGUGAAAUGGAUUCAUACAUAUUAAGCGAAAGCAGCAUGUUCAUCUCCCGUAAUCGUGUUAUUUUAAAAACUUGCGGAACCACAACGUUGUUAAAAGCAUUGAAACCUCUUUUGAAACUUAUCAAAGAUCAAUGUUCCAUGGAUAUUGUUCAAGAUAUUUUCUACUCGAGAAAAAACUUUGAAAGACCAGAAUUGCAAGAUAAGGUACAUCAGAGUUUUGAUGAUGAAACGAGAAUUUUAGAUGAAUUAGUCGAAGAUGGUGCAGCAUACGCCUUAGGAAGUGAUCACCUAUUAAUGACAGAACUUGAUCAAGAUGUUAUGCAAAUAUUCUUUUCGACCAGUGGCAAAACUGGAAAAGAAGCUACUAUGAAAUCUGGAAUUGAUCAAAUAAUACCAGGAGCCACAAUUGACGAGUUCUUAUUUGAACCCUGUGGUUAUUCGAUGAAUGCAAUUAUGCCAGAUUCGAAAUACUUUACAAUACAUAUAACGCCAGAAAAGAAUUUCUCUUACGUUAGUUUUGAGAGCAAUGUGCCCCAGAGAUGCUAUAAGGAAUUAUUAUCAAAAGUUCUUGAUCUUUUUAGACCUGUUCGAUUUGUAAUGACAGUGUUUGCUAAUGAGGCGUCACUAGCUUCUCAAACCCUUAGUGAAAAUUGCAACUAUGAUAACUUCGAAGGAUACAAGCGGUCCGACAAACAACUAUGCCAUUUUAAAAAUUAUUAUUUGUUUUACGCUCAUUUCAAGAAAUGA